GAUGAUAUUUAUACAAGGUUCAGUAGAAAUAUACCAUUGACAUACUCAUAUAUUCCAGGAAGAAUCGUGACACUUAUACAUGUAUCUUGCAAGGAUGAAGCAGAUGGAACAAAGGACCAUAAAUAACAGACCAAGGGCUGUGACGACUCCAAUGAUGAUAACUGAAAUAUAUUUAACAGAGAUGAAUUAUGAAUUGAAUGAACGAAGUAUGAUAUUAUUUCAAAAGCGGCUGAAGGACAUGGCAGUUAUAGUUUCUGGGGCCGCCAUUACAUUUGCUGGGUACUCUAUUUAUGAAGGAAAUGAGAAGUUUUAUCGUGAGAUCCUAAUGCCCCUGACACACAAAUGUUUUGAUGCAGAGACAGCUCACAGACUUGGUGUCCUAGCAGCCAAGUAUAAUAUUGUUCCUCGUAAGCAGAAAAAACCAGACUCACCAAUUUUGUCAUCAGUUGUGUUUGGGAGAGAGUUCAGUAAUCCUGUAGGACUUGCUGCUGGGUUUGACAAGGAUGGGGAAGGAGUCCGAGGCCUGAAGAAGCUUGGCUUUGGUUUUAUCGAAAUCGGCAGCGUGACCCCAAAACCUCAGCCAGGGAAUCCAAAACCACGCGUGUUUAGACUGACAGAGGAUGGAGCUGUCAUCAACAGGUAUGGCUUUAAUAGUGAGGGUCAUCAGGCAGUGUAUAACCGACUCAAGGACAGACUCUCAGAAGACAAAGAUGAAUGUCUACUAGGUGUAAAUUUGGGUAAAAACAAGACUUCUAGUGAUCCGGAAGGUGACUACACACAAGGAGUUCAAAAGUUCAGCCAACUUGCCGAUUACCUGGUGGUCAAUAUUUCUAGUCCUAACACACCUGGUCUGAGAGACUUACAAGGAAAACAGAGACUACAGAAUCUCCUAGACAAAGUAAUAGAAAAAAGAGAUGAGAUGGAAGUCAGGAAACCCCUGUUGGUAAAAAUAGCCCCAGAUCUGACUGACCAGGACAAAGCAGAUAUCGCAGCUGUGGUCACCUCCAAAAAGGGUUAUGUAAGUGGUUUAAUUGUAAGCAACACAACAGUAAAGAGGCCCGUCCAAUUAAAGAGUCCACAUAAAAAUGAAGAAGGAGGACUGAGUGGCCAUCCAUUAGCAGAUUUAUCAACAAAUACCAUCUCAGACAUGUAUAGGUUAACUAAAGGUACAGUCCCAAUCAUAGGGGUAGGAGGGGUGCACUCCGGGGAGGAGGCGUAUAGGAAAAUCCGGUCUGGUGCUAGUCUCAUUCAACUCUACACAGCUCUUGUUUAUGAAGGACCUCCAGUUGUCAAGAAAAUCAAGCGAGAACUUGAGGAAUUACUCAAACGUGAUGGAUUCAGUAACAUCUCGGAAGCUGUGGGUGUUGAUGUUAAGUUAUGAUGACUUUAAAAUCCUAGGUUUUUUUUGUUUUUUUUGGGGGGGGGGCUCAUUUGUGUAUGUAUUUGCUAGAAUUUAUAGUUGUACAGUUAAUUAAUUUUACAUUGGUCCCUACGGGAUAAAGGCAUCAUGAAAAUUCAUGAUUAAUUAAACAGGAAAAGGAUUUUUGUACAUCCUUGAAUAUCUCAAUAACAUCUUCAUGAACUAUCUUUCUGCUGGAACUUAAAUAAAAUAUUUGAAGACUCCACA